AUGUCAGACGAAGAGACCAAAAAAAACGAGCAAAUAGAUCAAAUAGAGGUAGAUCCAACCACAGAAUCUCCACAAGAACAACAAGAAGAAGAAGAAACAAUAUAUGACACGAAUAAAAUAAAAUUACUACCAGGAUCAUCAGAAGACGGUACAUCAGCUUCUUUUCAAAUACUAGAAGAAGAUCAUACAUUGGGGAAUGCAUUACGUUAUAUGAUAAUGAAAAACCCAGAAGUAGAAUUUUGUGGUUAUAGUAUACCUCAUCCAUCAGAAAAUAAAUUAAAUAUAAGAAUUCAAACUUAUGGAAAUAUAACGGCAAUUGAAGCAUUACAUCAAGGUUUAGAUAAUUUACUGGAUUUAUGUGGAGUUGUUGAAGAUAAAUUGACCGAUGCAUUUAGUAAAGUAAGUAGUUAA